AGAGGGAGACCCGGCGAGUGGAGACGCGGCGGCGGCGGGCGGCAUGUGGCUGGGGGCGGGCAAGGUCCCCGGAGCCGCGGCGGUCUUCUACGGGGCUCUGGCGGGGCUCGUCCUGCUGGGCGUCCGGGACGUGCUCUUCCAGUACGAGGAGAACCGGUGCAGCAUGACCUACAUGUUCGAGUACCCCGAGUAUUUGAAAAUAAAGCUUCCUAGGAAAGUAUCCAGGCGUUAUCCAGCCUAUGAGCUCUAUCUUUACGGGGAAGGAAAUUAUGCAGAAGAAAAUAGAAAUCUGCUCUUAACUGGGAUUCCAGUACUCUUCCUCCCUGGCAAUGCUGGGAGUUACAAACAAGUACGUUCCCUUGGGUCAAUAGCCCUCAGAAAGGCAGAAGAUGCUGACUUCAAGUAUCAUUUUGAUGUCUUCAGCGUCAACUUCAAUGAGGAACUUGUUGCACUCUAUGGUGGAAGUCUACAAAGGCAAACUAGAUUUGUGCAUGAGUGUAUUAAAGUAAUUCUUAAAUUGUAUAAGGGCCAGGGGUUUGCUCCACGUAGCGUUGCAAUAGUAGGUCAUUCCAUGGGCGGCCUUGUUGCAAGAGCACUGCUGACGCUUAAAAAUUUCAAGGUGGAACUCCUCAAUGUCCUCGUUACUCAGGCCACACCUCACAUUGCACCUGUAAUGCCUUUAGACCGAUAUCUUACUGAUUUUUACAGAGCGGUAAACCAGAAAUGGAUUCAGAAGGCUAAAGAAAUAAAGAAUCUAACGACUCUUUCUGUGGCGGGAGGAUUUCGAGAUUAUCAAGUUCGUUCAGGAUUGGCUUUUCUGCCCCGAACAAGUCAUCAAAGCAGUGCCUUAUGUGUUGUGACUUCAGCCAUUCCUCGUGUCUGGGCUUCAACAGACCAUCUCUCCAUAGUUUGGUGUAAAGAAUUGAUCUUGGCUACCAUCCGAGCAUUUUUUGACCUUAUUGAUGAAAACACUAAGCAGAUAACAGAAGAUCCACAGAAGAGAAUGCUAGUGUUAAAUCAUCACUUUCUGAGGCACCCUGCAAAAUUAUAUGAAGAGAGCCCUGAAUCUGUUGCUGAACUAACAGGAGAAGUAAACUGGAUCCAGAUAAAAACUUCAAAAUGGUCCUAUACAGUGUACAAUGAAUCGGAUGGAAAAUACUUUACUUUCCCUCUCUCAGCCCAUCGAAAACCAUACAGUCAUGUCUACUGUCAAAGCAGUAUGUUGGACACAAAUAGUUGGAUAUAUGGCUGCAUAAAUAGUUCCUCAUCUGUGUGUUUGCGAGGUGUUGAUUUGAGCUGGAAAGCUGAAUUACUGCCAACAGUUAAGACUGUGACUCUGAAACUUCAAGACUAUCCUUCUUUGUCUCAUCUUGUGCUUCAUAUACCAGCUGUCAAUGGAAAUAAGUUUACUUUUGACUGCGAGUUCUUUAACGAAGCUUCAAGAACAGUACAGCUUCCUGUGACCCACCUUUUUUCAUUUGGGCUUUCUUCAAACAAAAUCGUAUUGAAUUCAACUGGCCUUAUUCACAAGGUUCAGCUUCAACAUUUUUGUCAGAUAUACCAAGCUUUUAACAUCCUGAUAGAGAGCCGCUGCCAGUCGCUUAAAGAAAGGAAACCUUCUGUGUACCAGCUUCAUAUACCAUGGUCCUAUGAAGACUCUUUAACUUUGUCACAGGUUCCAUCUUCGACUGAGAUUUCUGCAAAGCUGCACAUUGCCCAGCCUGAAAAUGACACUGCUGUUCCAUUGUUGAACAUUUAUUCAUCUUCAGAUUGCCAAUAUGAAGUAACCGUCAAGACCUCUUUUCUGCAAGUCCUUGGUCAGGUAAUAAGAUUCCAUGGUGGCACUCUUCCCGUGUACAUAAUUUCUAAUAUUCUUCUUGCUUAUGGAAGACAGUUAAGGUCCCUAAUUUCAACAGGUCACUGCACAGAUUUUGCACCUGCACUUACUAAAGCAGCCAAGCCCUAUAAAGUAGAACCAAUAGUGAAUAUUGUUAAAUUCUUGUUGGGGCUUAACUGGUUUAAAGGAAUCUGGGAUAUAUUAUCCUUACCAGAAUUGGAUGCUGUUACACUGAACAACCGGAACUUGUGGUUUCCUUUUGUUUCUCUAAUCCUUUUUAUGUUUGGGACCGGCCUAGCCUAUUGGGGUGGCAUACUCUUCAGUUCAUCUCUAAGGAUCUCAUCCUCAUUGCAUAUAGCUUUGACCAGACCCUCUCGACAUCCAUCAGACCCCAGUUUGUUUACGCGAAGAACGUUGUGCGUAGCUGUUUGCAUGUUUUUCCUUAGCUGGACGACAUGUGGAGCGUUGGCUAUAUUAAUGACAUAUGCUCAUUACACCUUCAAGGUUAUUAAACUGCAUUCACACGUCAGAACAGAACUAAGUGUCCUUGAUACGUGCCCAAAGAACUCGGAACAAAGCUCCGCUUGUUCCAAAAGAGAAACGGAAAAGAGCUGUGCGUCAUCAGCAGAUGGCCUUUCAGAAGCAGCAGCAGCAACAUCAUCACCUACGGGCAGCACAGCCAUUGACAGCGUUGUAGACAGUCUUAAGAUGCACGUCACCGUCCUCAACUUGCUUACGUUGAUUGUGCUGCUCAGUUGCCCAUCUUUAAUUUACUGGCUGAAAAAUCUCAGGUACCAUAUCAAGCUUGAUCCUGAUCCAUGUAGAUCAACUGCUUUUAUGCUCAUAGGCAUUUUGGGUAUACUCAUGAAUGCAAGCACUACAAAAGUUAAAACAAGUAAACUGCUGAAGAUUGCUGCACAUCUCCCACUUCCUUUGUCUGUUGCCGCUGUGGUGUUUGCACCAAUGCACUUAGACAGAAUGCCAUACUUCGUAAUCAUUCCUCUUUUUCUUCAUGCGUUAUGUUGCAUUGUGUAAAGACUGCAGUUUACCAAAGCACCAAGCACACCAGGAAGCGGUGGCGGGAGGGCGUUGAACCAAGGAUAAUCUGGGACAACAUGAAAAUAUCAUGGACAUUAUCUUCUGUCCGUGGCAGAAGUGAAAACAAUGCUGGGCACAUGUUGUGAAGGUUGAUCCAGUUAGAAACCAUAGGGUUUUGUACCUUGCUGUUACAAAAAAAAAAAUACUUGUAGAAACUUACAAUUCAGUUCAUAAUCUGCCUCUGACAAUGAUGCUUUAUUUUU